AUGUCUUUUCGCAGAGUGGUUCAAUCCCUCUACGUCCCUUCCUCGAAGGAAACAUCGUCGACAGUGUGGAUCAACGAUGACAUUCGCCCCCUGCCUCCUAAGCGAAGGACCUGGAAUGUCUACGCUUUCCUGUCCUUUUGGGCCAUUAACCAGAUUGCCCUGAGUAACUGGCAGUCCGGAUCCUCCCUUGUUGCAUUUGGCCUCAGCGUUUGGCAGACCGUCAUUGCCGUGGUCGUCGGAAAACUGAUCAUUGCUCUUGUCGCUGUCUUCAACGGUUUCGUGGGAGCCGAAUGGCAUAUUGGCUUCCCAGUAUUCUCACGCGUUGUCUGGGGCAUAUAUGGCUCAUAUGUGGCGCUCUUGCAGCGCAUCCUGCUCUCGGUCGUCUGGUUUGCGGUGCAAUCCUGGACUGGAGGCUUGUGUGUGACCGCCAUCCUUGCGUCGAUCUUCUCCGGCUUCCACAACCUCGAAAACUCCUUUCCUGAGUCGGCGCAUAUGACCACGAAACAGUUUACCGGCUGGGUAGUCUACAAUGUGUUGACCAUUCCGAUCUUGUACCUUCCCCCUGAGAAAACAAAACGGCUUUUCUACGUGAUGAACUCGAUUUCCUUCGUGACGCUCAUUGGAAUGACCAUUUGGGCACUGGCCACCGCAAGAGGCGGCGGCCCGCUCCUCACACAACCUGCAACCGCCUCGUCCUCUAGCGACCUGGGAUGGUCGAUUGUCAAGGGCAUCACCACUGUGGUUGGCGGAAUCGCUGUCGGAUUGACAAACCAGCCCGACUAUUCUCGUUUCGCAACAAAACCCGGUGACCAAGUUUUCGGACAGUACUUUUCAAUCAUCGUCCUCGGCUCGAUUAUGCCCACACUCGGCUGCCUUGUUUCUUCCGCAACCCAACAGAUCUACGGCGUUGCUCUGUGGAAUCCGCCAGACCUCGCGCUCAAGUGGCUGGAAGCCGAUUACAACGCGAAAUCACGAGCCGGUGCGUUUUUCGCGGGGACCGGGCUGGUUGUGUGUCAGCUCGCGAUCAACACAAUCGAUAACGCUUUCUCUGCCGGCAUGGAUCUCAGUGGUUUGUUUCCGAAAUUUAUUAAUAUCCGCCGUGGAGCGUAUAUCGGGCUCAUCAUCUCCAUCGCCCUGUGUCCAUGGGAGCUUCUCUAUUCUGCGGGGACGUUUAUCAGCGUCUUGUCCGCAUACUCUGUUUUCCUUGGUCCCAUGUGCGGCAUGAUGAUUAGCGAGUACUGGAUAGUUCGGUCCCGCAAAAUCAAAUUGUCUGAUCUGUACCACCCCCGUCGCGAUGGCAUUUAUUACUUUUGGUACGGGAUGAAUCCUCGUGCAUUUACUGCGUGGGUUUUUGGGUUUGCACCACUACUCCCGGGUUUUGUUAAUGCCGUCAAUCCCUCCAUUUCUGUACCUGAAGGAUGUGUCCAGAUGUAUUAUCUAGCGUAUCCGCUGGGAUUUGCUAUCAGUUUUGUCGUUUAUAUUGUACUCAACAAGGUGUUUCCCCCACCUGGACUUGGCGAAGUCGAUGAUGUUGACCAGUUCGGGACAUUCACUCCGGAGGAGGCUGCAAGACUGGGUAUGGCAGCUGGUGACGAGAUGAUUUUCAACGACUUUAAAGACGGAGAGAAGCCGUCAAGCCAUGUUGUCUAG